AACGCCCUCUACGUUCUAGCACAAUAAAUGUUCAUUCGACUUCGAAAACUCAAGAGUCUACCGAAGAGCAAGCUAAGUUAAAAACUGUCAUAAACGGAUAAAGGGAGAGCAUCUCCGUCAGGUUCCACAAAUGCCACAGAUCAAUACUUGAGCAUGGAGGCUACGGAUAACUUGACCGAUCCUGAGGAUGAGGCAGAAGAGGGUACAGAUUCCAGGAUGACACCUACUGAGCAUGAGACGGGAAUGUCAGAUCAGCAUGAGGAUUUGUUAGUGGGGUCUGAUUCUUCAGAGUCCACGUCCUGCACCCAGGACAAGGAACUCCAUGUGGACCAACUUCCUGGUGGACCCUCCGUGGAGUCCUCUAGAGAAACGUGUGACUCAACAGAUAAGGGUGAUGACUCAUCACUGUCUUUCACCAUCAAGGAGAAGAACAAUCCUGAUAAGAUGCUGUAUGUUUACAAGAAGUCCACAGAUGGGUCGGAUGUCACGAUCAACGUGGUGUCCAUGAUUUCUGUCAAUGAAACAACAAGUGUGGUAGCGUUGCAGUCUGGACUGGACACAGGCACUGAGCUACAGGUGGAGGAGAAGGCUGGAGCGACAGAGGAUGCGGAAGAUUCUUCAGGAAGCAGAGCAAGUAAUGUUCAAGAGUAUACGUGUAAUCACUGUGACUUCACCACCAAUAAGAAACAUCUUUGGCUCAGUCACGAGAUACUGCAUGUUGUACCUGACAAUAAACACCUUUAUUAUUGUUCUCAGUGUAGCUACUCAACUCGACAGCGGUUCAACCUCAAGACGCACGUAAAGAGCCACUUUGACAUCAAGGAAAUGGACCCGAGUGAAUUGUUCAAGUGCACUCAAUGUGAUUACGUAUCCAUGUACAAGUAUGAUCUGCAGACACAUUCCAAGAAGCAUGACCCUGAUAAACGCCAUAAAUGUUUUUACUGCGACUUCUCCAGCAUCUACAGGCAUAGCCUGCUGCACCACAUCUCUUCCAAGCACCAUGGUGUCCGACCGUUCCAGUGCUCGCUCUGUUCGUUUUCUGCUGCAAAGAAGUCGGAUCUUGAGACACACUUGUUUAAACACGACAAUGAGAAGCGAUACCAGUGCAGCGAGUGCGACUACAAGACGACCUACAAGCAGUGCCUGGAGUCUCAUAUGAACACCCACAAAGGCGAUAAGCCAUUCCAGUGUACACAGCCUGGAUGCACCUUCUCCACAAACUCCAAGUCGAACCUGAACUCGCACCUCGCCAUGCACAAGAAGAGAAGCCGAUGCGAGUCAUGCGGCUAUGAAUCCAUGAAUGCGGAAAGACUGCAAAACCACACAUGCCUUGAAACGCAGAAGAAGAGAGAGAUCAACGAGAGGAUAAGAAUGGCCCAGGUUGCUCCGCCAUCUAAGAAAGAAGAUGGCAAGCUGGAGUACAGAUGCCCAGAAUGUGGUUAUGUGUCAACGAGCAAGCACAGUAUGAAGCGACACAGCAUGGUCCACAAUGAUCAACGGGAAAGACCCGAUAAGGUCCAUCAGUGUAUCCACUGUGACUAUGUGACUGCGUACAAGAGCAGCCUGACUAGACACAUGGCUCGACACUCUCUUGUGAAACCCUUGAAAUGCGGACAUUGUGACUACUCGACCAUCACAAUGACCCAGAUGCAUGCACACGUAGCUAAGCACACAGGUAUUAAGCAAUUCGCCUGUGACCUUUGCACAUACCGCACUGCCAACAAACAGCACCUGAAAAACCACAUGUCCAAGCACUCCAACCUACGCUACAAGUGCAACGCCUGUGGGCACAUUACCGCCUGGAAGGAUCGCAUGCGUCUCCACCUCAAGCAACAUGAACGGGGUCAGAUCUUCGUCCGGUCGGUCAAGCCAUCGCCGCGGCCGCUGCCCAUCCAGACGUUGACCACAGACUGUCGGUUGGUCACCACCGAUGGACAAGUCCUGGAGGUGUUGAAUGUUCUGAACGACGAUAGCAUCAAGACUGUCGAGGGAAGUGAGACAUUGAUAACCUUGAAUGAACUAGCAGACAGAAUACAGAAUUCGAUCAGGGAGGAUGAGGGGCAAGGAAAGACUUUCGAUCAAGAUGAAGAUAUGGAUGUGGUUCAGAAAGAUGGUGAUAUGAUGGUUGUCGGAGGAGAGGAAAUAGUCUGUGAUCAACAGGAUCAGACAGUUGGGAGUGAGAUGGUUAGCCAGGGAGAUGGCGAAGAAGGGACCAUCACGAUUGUUACCGAUGAAGGUUCAGAUUUACGAUUGCAUCUUAGUGGUGAUGCAGAGAGUUCAAAGUCUAGAUCAGUCUAUAAUUUAGAAUUCAGCAAUGAGAGCUCUAUCACGGUAGCAGAAUAGGAGAAGCCAUCGAAAGGAAAACUUGGAAGAUCAGAAGAUGUAACAUGACACAGCCAGGUUGUACAGAUCACAUCCACAGGGACAUAUUUAGUGAAACGGCAUCAAUGACCUUACGAUCAAUCACUGGGCUUUGUGCUACUGGGCCCUGGUAGGUGCUUCACAAAGCUGCUUGAAAAUUACAAGCGACUUUACGAAUGACUGGUGAUCCUUAAGAACUAAAUCAACACCAAUGAAAUUUGUUCUACGUCAUUUACCAUAAGAAAGGAUCACCAGUCGGUUGUAAAGUCAUUUGUAACUUCCAAAUAGCUUUAUGAAACUUCUUCCAGGGGCCCGUUGCAGAAAGAGCAAGCCAAAAAAUCAAUCGCAAGUCCCAAAUGCGCGCUUUUGAUUGGUUGAAAAUCAAGUUGCGCCUGAUUUUUAGAGUUGCGAUUUAUUGCAACUCUUUCUGCAACGGGCCCCAGGUAGGUGUUUCAUAAAGCUUAUGGUAAGUGAAGAGCAACUUUAAGAACGACUGGUGAUUCUUUCUUGUGUUAAACGGUGUACACCAAAAUGUUCAUUGGUGAUGGUUUAGCGCGUAAGAAAGGUUCACCAGUCAUUCUUAAAUUGGCUCUUAAUUUACGAACAGCUUUAUGAAACGCCCCCAGGAGGCGGAAAAAUAUAUAGUGGCAAGCGGUGACCCCACCCCCUCUCCCAACAUACGUCCGAAAUUGCCCUUGUAUCAUUCAUAACUGUAGAUGGAAAACUUACAUUCAGCAUACAAAUUUGUAUAAUGUAUGAUUAUGUGCAAGUGCAUUUUUGAAUGUGUCAGAAAUUGCCUUGACAUAGAAAUAGAAUAUGUCUCAUUAAAAUCACAUUUAAAAAACAUUUAUUUGGUUUAUCGGUAUAUUGCUAGAUGUAAAUCAAUGAGUAAAAUGGAUUUGAAAACUUGCACUCUAUAGAAGUAUGGAAUGACAAAUUUUUUUGGGGGGGUCUAGUAUUGGGCUAGGGUUAACUUAAUACUAUGCUAUGAGUCUUAAGAAGUAUUGUCAACAAUGAUUAAAGCCUGUAUUAUGUUAUGGUAAAUGCAACCUAAAAUGUGAUAUUCACAGGAAACAUCAUUAAAAUAUCUUUAGUUAAGAAAACAAAAUCAAACUCGACAAUAAUUAUUUUGUUUUUCUUCACUUUCCAGAUAUGAAAAGAUUUUGCAAGCUUGAAAUAGGAUAGAAAACCAAGGAUACAAUGUUGGUAUAUAUAUCUUUCUGAUUAUAGGCCUAUAAUAUAUAAAUCUCUUAGAUAAGCAUUUAAGUUGCCUUCGAGAGGAAAGAUUGAUAUGGUAACGUAUUCACAGAAGAAUGAUUGCAUCGAGCAUCUAAUUAGCUGGAUUUGCACUAGAUAAAUCUUAUGUAUUAUUUACUAUUAUUAUUAUCAAGAAUGUGCCCUAAAUCUGAUCAACCUUCACAUUUAUAUUUUUACAAAGAAUCAAUGAAGAAAAUUAGCAGUUAUUAAUUUUGGGUAGCUUUGAAUUUUGUUCAAUAUAUCAAAGUUCAAAGAAUGUAGUUGCAGCAAAAAUUAUUCAAAAGGAAAGUAUUUCAAAUCAAGUUCAAUUAUCACCAUAUCCUUGUAGAUCUAGGGCUGGUAUAUUUUUUAUUUACAUUAACAAUGAUAAACCUAACUUGGUGAAAUCAUGAAAUGUUGAGGGAGAAUAUUCAUCACACCGAAGAUCACCAACACAGAUAAUUGCACGUGGGACAGUGUAUCAGUAUUGCUUGUGAAAAGACCCAACAUGUGGUUGGAAUGCCAUGCUUUAUUUUGCUAAUUUCUCAGCAAUUACAUAUUUUCAUCCAGAAUAACUUGUUACAUAUUUUAUGUUUACUCUUUGGUGGCUAUUUUAUUGGAUUCUGUUCAAACUCAUUUUGAGAUCGCUACAACAAGUGGCAUUUAUCUUUAACAUUAUUGAACUUUAUCAGAACUUAAACUUAAAGGACAAGUCUACUCCAACAAAAAGUUGAUUUGAAUAAAAAGAGAAAAAUCCAACAAGCAUAAUACUGAAAAUUUCAUCAAAAUCGGAUGUGUAAUAAGAAAGUUAUGACAUUUUUAAGUUUUGCUUAAUUUCACAAAACAGUUAUAUUCACAUCCUGGUCAGUAUGCAAAUGAGAAGACUGAUGACAUCAUCCACUCACUAUUUCUUUUGUAUUUUAUUGUAUGAAAUAUGAAAUAUUCUAAUUUUCUCAUUGUCAUGUGAAACAACGGGUAUUUCCUCCAUGAACAUGUGGAAUUAGCAUUGUUUAAUACUAUAUGGUUUUGUCAAGUCUGUAAGAAAUGAAAUAUUGUAUAAUUCAAACAAUAAAAAAACAAAAGAAAUAGUGAGUGAGGGACAUCAUCGACUGUCUCAUUUGCAUGUCACCGAGUUGUGCAUAUCACUGUUUUGUGAAAAUAAGCGAAACUAUGAAAUGUCAUAAUUUUCUUAUCUUUCAUCCGAUUUUGAUGAAAUUUUCAGCGUUUUGCUAGUUUGAUUUUUCUCUAUUCAUUCAAAUCAACAUUUUACUGGGGUGGACUUGACCUUUAAACAUACUUUUCAAAUAUAAAUUUAAGUUGUGGUAGCUGCAAUGCCACACGAUGAUUUCAAACAGCAUCCAACAAAAUGUCCACCCAAGUGAGAAAGAUGUGUGCCAAAUCAUAAUGGUAGAGAAGGCGUAAUUGCUCAGUAUAGACCAGUUCGUAGUUACUCAUGGACAAUUUUUGGUCAAAUGACCUUUCAUUUCUUUCAUUAUGAUAGGCAGUUUUCAAAGCUUGCCUUACAUAGCAGGAUGAAGAAAUUGAAUAGACCAGGUGACUAGAAUAGCAUACCAAUGAACACUUUAUGAAGGUAUUUGUUGCAUUCCUACUUUGAAUGCAUAUCAUAGCAUGUUGCACAAUGUACUUUGCAAACUGUGAAAACCAGUCGUUCGUGGACGCGUUGUUGUUUUUUGUGGAUGUAAAUGAAAACCACAAUUCAAAAGAAUAUAUGAAUAAUCAAGACAUCAAAGUUGGUGCUUAUCUCAGAUUUUAAACCACCAUGUCACUUUAGUACAAAUGACCUUCCUCUGAUCAUGCGUAGAAUCUUUUGAUCAUGCGCAGAAAGGAACUAAGAACUGGCUUAUUUAGCAAAAUAACCAUGUUCAAUGUAAUUUGGUCAAUUAAUGGUGAUAUAUACUGUAUAUGCCCAUGUGUUUAUUUUCAUCUUGCUUGGGUUUCCUGCUAGAUUUCAUUGUUACAGAGCAUUUAGCUUACAUGAAAUAAUUAAGAAGUGACUACUUUUAUGGUAUCAAUUAACCCUAUUGAGAAGUAUUUUCUCGCUCAAUAACUACUCAAGUUUAGCUUAAAUAUUCAACUGAGAAGAAAGAAGGUAUUCAUUACUUUAUGUAAAGUGAGGAAACAAUCACAUUGCUAUAUUUAUCUUCAAAUUUGUGUACCAUGAGGAUGUUGUUUAUUUAGGAGUACUAUGAACUAGAAUUAUUGUGAUGAUUUUUUUUUUUUUUUUGCUGGUCUACCAUCAAGAUAUAUUUGCUUUAUAGUAUACAUGUGUGACCACCAUUCACUGCUGCUUGCACACAAAUGCUACAUUAAACCAUUUUUGAUAAUCACAUGAUUUACUUUACAUACAUUCAUACGUACAUAUAUGAUUGUUUAAUGUGCUUGUACAUUCUAAAACUGAAAUAUAAUUAAGUACUACAUAUUUUUGUACAAUCUCCUAUAUAUUCCUUGCUUGAAGCUACUGAUGUACAUUAGCAAUUGGAAAUAAAAAAAUUGAGGGAUUAUUUUGUAA